AUGGAGACGCGCGUCGGGCUUUGCCAUUUUCUCGUUUCCUCUGAGUGGAUUUGCCUCUUCAUUCUAACUUCCAGCCUGAGCGGAACCGACGCGGAGGUAACGUGCAUCCCCUCGUGCCAGCUGCCGCUUAUUGAGGCAUCAUCCCGGGAAGCGCCGCUGUUGGAUUUGGCCGACUUUAGCGCAGCAGCUGCGGAGGAACUGGUCGGGUUUGGUGCGGAGCUACCCAGCUGGGAGGAAAAGCUCGGCGCUGCGGAACAGAGGGAAGAAAGUUCCUUCAAAGUCCAGCCGCGGCUGGAAAAUAAGACCAGAGGUCCGCAGGAGAUUAGAAAACUUUCCCAUCUGGAUCAAAGUGCGCCUGAUCCCGCUCCCAGCAACGUGACAGACAGUCGCACCGGGGAUGGAAGAAAUAACUCAUUCUCCUUUCAGAGCGGGAACGCGCCGAGUUGGAGACGAACGCGGAGCGCAGAGACCUGGUCCGGAUUUGGAACCGAGGGCGUUGGCGAGGAUCCGGACCGGGAGGAGCUUCGUCUCACGAGUUCCACUUUUGCCCUCGCCGGGGAUACGGCUCACAACCAGGCCAUGGUGCACUGGUCGGGACAAAACAGCAGCGUGAUUCUCAUGUUGACAAAAUUCUAUGACUUCAACUCCGGCAGAGUCACAGAGAGUUCUUUGUGGAGGUCAACUGAUUACGGGACCACAUAUGAAAAACUUAAUGAGAAAGUCGGGACCAAAAGCAUUCUAAGCUACUUGUAUGUGAGUCCAAACAACAAAAGGAAGAUCAUGUUACUAACUGACCCAGAGGUGGAGAGCAGCCUGCUCAUUAGCCUUGACGAGGGGGCGUCCUAUCAGAAACACAGCUUAGCCUUUGAUAUCCUCAGCCUGCUUUUUCACCCCGAGCAAGAGGACUGGAUCCUGGCUUACAGCCAUGACCAAAAGCUGUAUGUCUCAGUUGAGUUUGGGAGGAGAUGGCAGCUUGUACAAGACAACGUUGUUCCCAACAGAUUCUACUGGUCAAGACUGGGUUUGGACAAAGAGCAAGGCAUGAUUCAUCUGGAAAUCAGCGUCUCAGAUAAACGGUCACAGUACAUAACUUGCAAACUUCAGAACUGCUCUGACGGAAACAAGGGCAAGCCUUUCCCUGGAUUUAUAAUCCCUAAUUCCCUCGUGGUACAGGAUGAAUACGUUUUCAUCCAGGUGUCUAUUGGAGGACAGAUUGUUCAUUAUGUUUCUUAUAAAAGGAACGCUUUCUAUCCGAUGAAACUUCCCAAAUACACGGUGCCUAAGGUUGGAUGGGAUUUAGAGGAGAAAGAUAAAUUUAGGAAGGAUUUGGAUGAAGUGAUAGAGAGUAUUCACAGGAAGGACAGAGUGGUGAUCACAGUAGACAUGAAUGAACAGAUUUUUCAGGAAGAGUACAGUGUGUUUUUCCUGAAUCAAGGCGGAUCUCUGGUGGCCAUCCGACACACACCUCUUCCAAUUAGACACAUUUGGCUGAGUUUUGAUGAGGGCAGAAACUGGGACAAAUAUAGCUUCACCUCCUUUCCGCUCUAUGUUGAUGGGGUGCUGGGGGAGCCUGGAGAGGACAUCCUCAUCAUGACAAUAUUUGGUCAUUUCAGUCAUCGAUCUGAGUGGCAACUUGUCAAGAUCGACUUUUGGCCCAUUUUUGAACGACGGUGCACAUCUGAAGACUAUUUCACGUGGCAGUUGCACAACGAGGGGGAAGUAUGCAUCAUGGGAAUGAAGAGAAUCUUCCAAAAACUAAGAGCAAACGCUCGUUGUGUCAAGGCCCGAGAUCAGUAUAUUUCUCAGAUGUCAGACUCCUGCUCGUGCACAGAAGCAGAUUUUGAGUGUGACUACGGCUUUGAGAGGCAGAUUGAUGGGAGCUGCACGCCGGCAUUUUGGUUCACUCCAUCAGCGACAUCUCGGGACUGCAUGACAGGAGACAGCUUCCUCAACACAACAGGAUACCGCAAGGCUUUGUCUAACAACUGCACUGAGGGAAGUGUGCUGAGGUACGGCCCCAGGCAACACAAGUGUCCCAGUCAGGCUCCCAGGGGCCUCCAGCUCUUCACCAGCGAGGGAACACUUGUAGCAACGCUGGAGAGGAAUGUCACCUUCUUGGUCUUUCUGGAAGAGGGUCUUGGCUCCAUGACAAGUAUAACGGUGGACUUCGGAGACGGAACCGCCAUCUCUUACGUGAACAUAAGCUCCAUCGAAGACGGGGUCAAGCACGUUUACAGCAAAGUUGGAAUCUACCAAGUUUCAGCUACAGCGAGCAACAGUCUCGGCCUCGACAGGGUCGUUCUCUACCUUCACGUUUCCUGUCAACUUGAGCAAGUGCAGCUCGCGGCUCCUUCGGUGGUCGUCAAGAACAAGGCUGUGAAUUUCACAACAGCACUGCGACCAAGUAAUGUGGGAACAGUCACUUAUUUCUGGUGGUUUGAUAACAAAACAGAGGCUGUUGUGAACCUGGAUGGAGCAAAUUCCUUCACUUUCUCCAAGGAGGGAAGUCACACUGUUACUGUUCAGGCUUCAGCUGGUAAUACUGUCCAACAGGACCAAAUCACUGUAGCAGUUUAUGAUUAUUUCCGCUCGCAUGCUUUGGCCUUUUCGUCUAAUCUGGACGAGCUGAACCCCGGGGUGUCUGAGUGGAGAGAAGACAUCAGUCGAGUUGUAAAGAGCUGCAUUGUUCAGGUCACAGGAAUCGAUGAGGAUCAGCUCCUGGUCACGGUGCUUCCAGGUUUACCAACCACAGCGGAGGUUUUUAUAGUCCCGGAGAGGAGGUCAAGAGUCAGAGCCAUGGACGAGCAAGAGACCCACCUGGAUCAGCUUUCUCAGGUGUUGCUAAGCGCCCUGAACCAAGAUCUGGUCCAGUUCCCCAUCAGACCAGGGUUGCAGGUGAACGUGUUCGCCACACGGUUGUCUCCAGCUCCUCUCAUGGACAGCAGUGACAGUGGCUACAGCAGCACUGCGGUCAUCAUGCUCGUGUCAGCUGCACUGAUGGGCUUGGUCGUCUUUGUAAUAUAUAAAUUUAAAAGGAAGAUCCCAGGCAUGAACACGUACACGACGGAGCAGCCAGAUAAAGAACAAGAGGUCAUCCCUACGGUGACCUCCAUAGCCAUCCCAAACCCUGAGGGGGACGGCGUGACCUCCCUGGAUCAUGUAGAUACGCAGCUGAACUCAAAGAGCAGAGACUACCUGCCAUCUCACACAGACAUCAACCUCUCUGAUGAAGCGCCCCAUGUGUUUUAAUGUUGGAAGUCUAUGACCGACUCGAAAGCAAUACAUCUUCUUUGGCAGUUACUU